UUUCGCACGUCGUAAAAUUUUUUUUGCGCUACGCAUGUUUUCUAAAGAUAAUAAUAGUUUUUGAUUUUGUUUGCGAAGAAAAGAAUGUACGUACUUGGAAUGUACAGAUCGGCUUAAAAAAAUAAGCGUCAACAUCUUACAGUGCACCCAUUGAACCUAUGUUAUCAAGACACUACCAUAACAAUCAGCAACAAACAUAAACUGCUUAUUCAAUCACUUAGGUGUAAAACAAAUAUCGAUGACCGAUUUGUUAUUAAUGAACUGAACCGGCUCAUUUGAUAUCGAGUAAUGCUGACUCCACGAUUUGAACUCACGCAAACAGAAGGUGAAGUGAUCGUUACUGUUCAUGCUCCAUACGCUAAUAUUAAGGACACCGAAGUCUACGUCGAGGACUACGACUUUAGAUUUUACUCCGCUCCUUAUUACCUAAGGUUGAAUCUUCCGGGGAAAAUCAUUGAAAAUGAUUCAUCAACAGGGUCGUAUGAUGCUGAAAAAGGUGAUUUUGUACUGCGAUUCUCUAAAGUCAACAAGGGAGAGGAAUUUCUCAAUUUAGACAUGAUAACGACUCUACUCGCUCCACCGAAAAAGAAAAACCAGGUUGCACCCACCAUUGAAGUUAUUAGUAAUCCUGUGGUGAGCUUAUCAGAUGGAAUGAGCAAUGGUUUGGACUCUCAUAAAACUGAAUGUGAUUGUGAGGGCAACGGUGGCAAAGACGAGGAGAAAGAUGGAGAUGAAUGGUUUGUGGCUCAAAAUCCUCUUGAGGAAAAUAUUCAAGCUUCCAUAAAGCCUCCCACGUAUGGUUUUGCCAACAAAGUAUCCAACGCCUUGGCAUCUUUCGAAGCAGGAUGGACUGGUGAAAUAAUAGACUUGCCAAUGCCUGAUUCAACGCCCUCGAUCGAGCGUUCUUCUUUACGGCAAAAACACGAAUUUGAACAUUUUAGCGAGGAACAUUACAUGGCUGAUUUAAUCCAAGAGGAAUACAUUAGGCCUUAUAUCGACUUUAAGGCAGAAUGGGAAAUGUUGAAGGGGACAGAAAUUAGUCUCAGUGUCACGGAAAAAGAUCUGUUGAAAGAACUUCCCAACAAAUCAUAUCUGUUGGACAAACGAGAAAUAGAAAGGGUUUGUUGGGGAUUAGUAGAUAUUCUAUUCGGCAGUUGUUAUAACAACAGAACGACAAUGGGCGAAAAUACAGUAGAAAGUGGUUGGACCAUUAACAAAUUAAGCUCAACAUUGUGCUGGUUCCAGGAGUUUGAGAGUGCAGAGGAAGUUAUUACCGCCUGUAUAAGGAGAUCGUUAUGUUAUCCGUUGUACAGAAACUGGGAGUUAUCUCUGAAAGUAUUCGAGGAUGUUAAAAUCGUUAUCAGUUUAGGGAAAAAGUAUAUGCUGAAACGAUUGUGCGAAAUACAUGAGAUGUUCAACAAUUCCUACGAGCCUCGAUAUAUCCUAAAUCAGUUGUACGUAAAAGAUUACUUAAUUUGGUUGCAACAGACACCGAUCUCCACAUUCGAAUCUCUUGGUGCAAGUUUGAACAUAGUGCAUCCGUCCAAGGUUGAAAUGGGAUUAGAUCUUGUUGAGUUGGAGGCAGCAGCUAUUUCGGUCCACGAAGAAGAUUUGGUUAUCGAAAAUGCCAUUCACGAAAUGAUCGAUGAAGUCGACAGCUUGGCGAUCAACGAUAACAAAGACAACAAGCCCAAGUGCACGUACACUAUGGAGAGCAAAAAAUUCUUAGACUAUUUGUUAAGAAAAGGUACUUCUAGUUCAUCAGAUAGCAGCGAUUCAGAUUCUGAAACAGAAUCCGAUAGCAGCAGUUCGAGCAGUAGUAGCAGCGACGGAAGCCUUGAUUCCGAUGACACCAGCGAAGUGGAAUGACAGUCCUGUAAAUCUGAUCAUUUAUCGCCGUAAGAAUUGAAAAAUCAAGAUAUCUCGAUGGGAUUUCUUCCUGGCUCGAUUCAAGGGACUGAUCCGUUUUCCUAUAGUUAAAACAAGUUGGAAAAGUGUCCUACAAUCAAUUUGAAAAACACUUCAUUUUUAUCCCAAGAAUCGAAUGACCCAAAUCAACAUGAUUCAAUUUAGUUUUUGGUGUAUUCGCGUAUAUUGUAAACUCAGAAAUCCGACUCUGUAACCUGAACUGAUCUAUUCAUGAAAUUGAUCGAGUUAUCGCCAAUCUAUCGCUCCGAAAAGUUUAACAUUGAAACACCUACAUGGUAUUUAUUCUUAGCUCAAUUUACUCGACGGAUUUUUGUUCAUGAACUAAAAAUAUAAUAGGGAAUGAUCGGUUAAACGAUUUGGAAAACAGUCAAUUUUUUGCCCCAGAAAUCGACAUCAACGAAUUCGCUACGCCAUCGACGGUAAAUGUCAACCAACCUGGUUCAGGUAUAAGUAUUUCAUUGACGCAUUGAUUUUGCAGUAUCGAACAAACUCCAUUAGCAAAUAUAAAUUCAAAUGAAUUACGGCCUUGAGCGUGAAGUCGUAGAUCGCAAUAACAAGGAAAUCAACAAGAAAAUAUUUUCCAGAUACAAUAAACAACAAACUAUUAAUUAUUGAACCAACGCAUUCUAAUUGUGUUACACAGUGACAAAAAAAGAUGACUAAACAAUAUGACCCGUAAAGAGAUCGAACAAAAAAAUGUUAAAUAUAAAUUUUGUUGAAUAUGA